AUGGGGGACAAUGGGCAGAGUUCGCUCCACGAACAGCCCGGCGCCCAGACUGAGGGCGCUGCAGGACACGGGCGGGGCGAGGACCGCCUCAGCCUCCCGACGGCCCUUGGGCCCCCGGACCCGGGCGAGGCGGGGCUGGGACUUGAGGACCCCGAGGAGGAGCUUUCCCCUGAGGAGGUGGCCGAGGAGGAGGUCCCGGAGACCCCCAAGCCAGAGGAGGCGGCUUUCGAGCUGGGGAGGCACCUGGACCCAGACUCGGAGGAGGACGUUCCGGAAAUGAGCCGGCUGUCCAUCACCCAGAAGUCCCCCAGCCCUACCACGGCCAGCGGGAGGAAGAGGAGGAGGAGGAGGAGGUUCCUGGAGCUGGCAAAGCCCAAGACCGACUGGCAAGUCUUGAAAGACAGGACGGGACGCCGUUGUAAGGGCUAUGCUUGGAUUUCCCCAUGCAAGAUGAGCUUGCAGUUCUGUCUCUACUGGCCCUCCGUGUACUGGACCGAGCAGUUCCGCGAGGACACGACCCUUGCCAUCACUGUGCCCGUGGUGUCCCGUCGCGUGGAGGAACUGUCUCGGCCCAAGAGGUUCUACUUGGAGUAUUACAACAACAACAGGACGACUCCUGUCUGGCCCAUUCCUCGGGCCACCUUAGAAUGCCAAGCAUCGCGUCGCCUCCAGGCACUGGCCACCCCAAAGGUCCGGGACAACAUUUGGAGCAUAAACAUGUCGGAGGUGUCCCGGGUGUCCAGGGCAGCCCAAAUAGCAGUGCCCAGUCCUCGGAUCCUUCAGCUGUCAAAGCCCAGGGCGCCGGCCACCUUGCUGGAGGAGUGGGACCCUAUGCCGAAACCCAAGCCACACGUGUCAGACUACAACCGCCUCCUAAGCCUGGCCAUGCCCAAGGCCCUGUCGGACAAGUGCAUUCCUGACCGAGAUCCUCGCUGGGAGGUGCUGGGUGUCACCAAGAAUGCUGUGGCCAGUCCCCGGAUCGUCUCCCUGGCCAAGCCCAAAGUGCGCAGAGACCUCAACGAGGGCUAUGACCGGCCUCCCCUCGCCUCUAUGAGCUGGCUACGCCCAAAAACAUCGCCAAAAAAGUGUGACCGACCCAAGCCUGGCCUCUAA